UCUAAUAAUCUUUACUUUGUUUUGUUUAAUAUUUUGGGUAUUGACAACAAAGUCUACACAAAACAUAGUCAAAGAAAUAGGUUCACCUGCAGCAAGUAAGGGAAGAGUUAGUUCCAAAUACAAAAAUCUCGCUCAGACAACUUCACCCAUGUCUUCCCCAACAAGUUCCUUUUCUGAUGAAGAUUUGUUUAAUAUUGAUUCACAUUCAGACAGUUCUGACACCGAAGAAUUGCACAGUCCUCAGGUUCCUUUUGAUGACUUGGAUCCUGAUAUGAACAUAGACGCUGAUGACAUGUUCGCUCCAAAAGAUCGGUUUGAUAUUCAUAGUAUAAGAAAGUACGAUGUGUUCUUGAGUUUUAGAGGCGAAGACACUCGCGCAUCAUUCACUUCACAUCUCUCUACAUCUCUUCAAAGCUCUGGAAUUAUCGUUUUCAAGGACGAUCAUUCCCUUCAAAGGGGACAUCGCAUCUCUAAAACACUACUACAAGCAAUCCAGGAGUCGAGAAUUUCUGUUGUUGUCUUCUCCAAAAACUACGCUGAUUCGCAAUGGUGUCUUCAAGAGUUGAUGCAAAUUAUGGAGUGUUUUAGAACCACAAGACAGGUGGUACUGCCUGUGUUCUACGAUGUACAUCCCUCGGAAGUUCGUAGUCAAACAGGUGACUUUGGUAAAGCUUUUCAAAAUCUUUUGAACAGAGUUUUAAAAGUGGAUGAAUUCAUGGUGCCAAAGUGGAGAGACGCGCUUCGUAAUGCUGCUGGCAUUGCAGGAUUUGUUGUUCUAAAUUCCAGGAACGAAAGUGAGGUCAUCAAGGAUAUUGUUGAAAAUGUUGCACGUUUGCUUGACAAGACUGACUUGUUCAUUGCUGAUCAUCCGGUAGGAGUCGAAUCUCGAGUACAAGAUAUGAUUCAACUUCUAGACACUCAACUAUCAAAUAAAGUUCUACUGCUAGGAAUGUGGGGGAUGGGUGGGAUUGGGAAAACCACAAUUGCGAAGGCCAUUUACAAUAAAAUUGGCCGCAAAUUUCAAGGUAGGAGCUUUCUUGCAAAUAUUAGGGAGGUUUGGGAGAAAGAUUAUGGUCAAGUGAAUCUACAAGAACAACUUAUGUAUGAUAUUUUCAAAGAAACCACAUCCAAGAUACAAAACAUAGAAGCAGGAAAAUAUAUAUUAAAGGACAGACUAUGUCAUAAAAGAGUUCUUAUUGUACUUGACGAUGUUAAUAAAUUGGACCAACUAAAUAUUCUGUGUGGAAGUCGUAAAUGGUUUGCUCCUGGGAGUAGAAUAAUCAUUACAACUAGGGAUAAGCAUAUACUGAGAAGGGAUAGAGUUGACAAAACAUACUCAAUGAAAGAAAUGGAUGAAAGUGAAUCUCUUGAGCUUUUUAGUUUGCAUGCAUUCAAGCAAACGAGUCCCACAGAAGAUUUUUCUGAAAUUUCCAGAAAUGUUGUUAAGUAUUCUGGGGGAUUACCGCUAGCUCUUGAAGUCCUCGGGUCCUAUUUGUUUGAUAGGGAGAUAUUAGAGUGGAUUUGUGUAUUGGAGAAACUCAAAAUAAUUCCCAAUGAUCAAGUACAUAAGAAGUUAAAAAUAAGCUAUGAUGGUUUAAAUGAUGAUACUGAGAAAUCAAUAUUCCUUGACAUAGCUUGUUUCUUUAUUGGGAUGGACCGAAAUGAUGUUAUUCAAAUAUUAAAUGGCUGUGGACUUUUCGCUGAAAUUGGAAUAAGUGUCCUUGUUGAGCGAAGCCUUGUAACGGUCGAUGGUAAGAACAAGCUUGGCAUGCAUGAUUUGCUUCGAGAUAUGGGAAGAGAAAUCAUUCGUGAGAAAUCACCAAUGGAGCCUGAGGAACGUAGUAGGUUGUGGUUUCAUGAGGAUGUGCUUGAUGUAUUGUCAGAACAUACUGGAACAAAAACUGUUGAGGGAUUGACUUUGAAGCUGCCAGGUCGUAGUGCACAACGUUUUAGUACCAAAGCAUUUAAGAAGAUGAAGAAACUCAGAUUGCUUCAACUUUCUGGCGCACAACUUGAUGGAGAUUUUAAAUAUCUUUCCAGAAAGUUGAGAUGGCUGCACUGGAAUGGAUUUCCUUUAACAUGCAUACCUUCAAAGUUCCGUCAAAGAAAUAUAGUUUCCAUUGAGUUAGAAAACAGCAAUGUCAAACUUGUAUGGCAACAGAUGCAGAGGAUGGAGCAGUUGAAAAUUCUCAAUCUUAGUCAUUCUCAUUAUCUAACACAGACCCCUGAUUUUUCAUACUUGCCUAAUCUUGAAAACCUAGUACUCAAAGAUUGUCCGAGGCUGUCUGAGGUAUCCCAUACAAUUGGACAUCUUAAGAAAGUUCUUUUGAUAAAUUUGAAAGAUUGCAUUAGCCUUUGUAACCUUCCAAGAAACAUCUAUACGUUGAAGUCUCUGAAAACUCUCAUUCUAUCAGGAUGUUUAAAGAUUGACAAGUUGGAAGAGGACUUGGAACAAAUGGAAUCUUUAACCACUCUCAUGGCAGAUAACACUGGUAUAACAAAAGUGCCCUUUUCAGUAGUAAAGUCAAAAAGCAUUGGCUAUAUCUCUUUGUGUGGGUAUGAAGGAUUCUCCCGUGAUGUGUUUCCUUCUAUAAUUUGGUCUUGGAUGGUACCAACAAAUAAUGUCUCACCAGCUGUUCAAACAGCUGUUGGAAUGUCACCCCAUGUUUCUUUGAAUGUAUCAUCUGUUUUCAAAGUCCUUCCUAAACUUCAAUGCCUUUGGUUUGAGUGUGGAUCAGAACUUCAACUUUCACAAGACACAACAAGAAUUUUGAAUGCAUUAUGUGCAGCAAAUUCUAAGGAAUUGAAAUCAACUGCAACUACAUCACAAGUAUCAGAUGUGAAGACUUCACUAAUUGAAUGUCGCAGUCAAGUGCAAGAUUCACCAGCAAAAAAUUGCAUGAAAUCUCUUCUGAUUCAAAUGGGAACGAGUUGCCUAAUCUCCAAUAUUCUCAAAGAGAGGAUCUUACAGAAUGUGACUGUCGAUGGGUGUGGUAGCUUUUUGCUCCCCAGUGAUGAUUACCCAAAUUGGUUAGCUUUCAACUCGAAAGGUUAUUCUGUAAAUUUUGAAGUCCCUCAUGUGGAAGGACGUAGCUUGAAGACAAUGAUGUGCAUUGUCUAUUCUUCAAGCCCAAAUGACAUAACAUCAGAUGGCCUUCAAAAUGUGUUGGUGAUAAAUCACACAAAGACCACCAUUCAACUCUUUAAGAGAGAGGCAUUAUCGUCCUUCGAAAAUGAGGAGUGGCAGAGAGUGGUAUCAAAUAUGGAACCUGGUGAUAAAGUCGAGAUUGUUGUUGUUUUUGGGAACAGUUAUAUUGUGAUGAGGACAACAGUUUAUCUCAUAUAUCAUGACGAAAAAUUUGAGCAAUGUCAUGCACCAGAUGAGAAUGUUCUCGUUGAGAGUGGUGAUAAAAAUGAAUGUGCUGCCAAGAGGAUCUCUCUUCAAGUAGAGCCUGCAGAUGAUUUAAAACAAAAACAGAAAAGAAGAAAACUCGACUGAAGAUGAAAGAUGUGAAAGACUUGCCAGGUAAAUUUUAAUUUGAGCUGAUUUUUUUCUCUUGAAAACUCCAUAUCCGGCCUAAGGACCAACUAAUCCGGGGGAUAAAUCCCACUAACCACUAGCGGGGGGCCCAAUUGCUACCAGAACAAAGCUUUGUAUGGAGCGGCCCAACACAAGAAUUUUUGGUACUUGGGGAAUUCAAAUUCGAUACCUAGAGAAGAGCACGCUCCUAGAUCCCAAGUCUUCACACCACAAAGCCAACUCCUAGGGGUUUUAAUUUGAGUUCCAGAACUGUUUAAGAGGAGACCUGUUCCCUUGAUGUUGAGGGUAUGAGCAUCUGGCUUGCCGCACACAUUGUUUCACCCUACUGCAGCUAGACUGGAUUCAUCAGUGCCUUUCUUGGUCUCCAAAUCAAUAAACUGUGAGAGAGACUGGGUUUUGAUAUGUGAUAUAACAUAUUCAUAGAAAUAGAACGAAGAAAAGUUAUAGCAACUCUCACUCUAACACUUCAUUGGAUGAAUUUCAUGAAGGGUUCAACGCAUUAUAUGAGAUCCAUUUCCAAAGUGGCGGGACAAUGCAUAAAAUUUAUCCAGAAAGAAUAUUAGAGUUAGAGUGAGUGUUGCUAACACUUCUCCUGAAAAGAAUAAUGAGGAUAUAUGGAGAUGUUUGAUUUAAGUGGAUAUUGUUAUUCAAGAUGUGAUUUGUUAUGUUACUCAGAAAGCUAAUUGCUCCUAUAAAUAAGCUUUAUCUGUUCAAUUUUGUAUCUUUGAAUCAUAAUGACACCCUUCUAGUAUUUUUCAUCUUUAAGCUCUCAAGCUUUCUUU